AUGAAAUAAAUAUCUGAAAGUGCUCAUAUUUUACAAAAAGUUUAUAAUCCAAAUAGAAUGAAUAAGUUGUUUAUGACUACUCAUUAUUAACUGUAAAAUGAAACUGAUUUGAUAUUCGACAAAUAUAUGUUGAUGCCUCUUUUCGGAUUAUCAGUGGCGAAUGGAAUAUCAUCAAAUUGCAUCAAACCUAAAUACUUAUGCAGCGAAUACAAAAAACAAGAAUUAUAUGAUUGCAAUCUAAUAUUGAUUCUGUCUGCAUAUUCUGAUUAAGCGGUUUAUAGAUCCAAGACCAUGUAUGAAAAAAGGAACGGUUUAGAAUAAAUUUUUAAAUAUCUUGCAAGUCCCAAUUACACAUAUAACAUUCACAUAAGCUUAUUAAGUUAUUUUGUUCCAUAAAGAGUAUUUUAUAAGCAAGUACUAUAAGCCUUAAAUAUAUUUGAAUUAAUAGAUUAAAAGCAAAUUGAGGAGUUGACUAAAUCUUCAUCAAUUAUCAACUAGUCGGUUGGAGAGGACAAUCUUGAUUCAAUUUUGUUUAAAAAUUAGGAAUUCAUAGACUAUUAGAAAUGGAGGAGAAUGUUGAAAAAUAAUACCAUUAUAAAUUUAAAGACUCUUCAUCAACAUUAACUUUCUUAGUAGAUAUUUUGCUAAUAUUUUUUGAGAUAUCAUUAUUAUUAAGGUUGUGAAGAGGAAAUUAACAAAUUGAAUAAAUUUUUGGUAGACGAUUUUGACAUGUUUAAGUUUCGUUCUAGAUUAGAGCAUAAUGAAAAGAAGAUGAAAUUUUAUUUUUUAAGAAUGCUUAAGUAUUUUAAAUUGAAUGAGAAAUUAGAAAUAUUUUUGAAGUUCUCGUUCAAAUCAUAUUCUCUGGAUUGGAACAAAGAACUACUACGAGAAAUGAAGAAUAGUUUGAAUUAAUAUAAAAAAUAAUGA